CUUGUGUGCAAUUUACAAAACGCGGUUUCCCAGAAACCCACUGUAACUUUCUUUCCGUCCAAACAAUACCAAAUCCCUGCCCACGAAAAAACUUAAACCGGGUGAGGCCAUUUCUGUAAAUUCACUCAAGCCAUGAUAAAAUAUUCACAUUGAUAAUUGAUUAUCCGGCUUUAACUGAAUCCAUAACCAUAAUAACCUUUUUUGAAAAUUCAUUUUUUCUGAACUGACCCGCGUUUUCUCCUGCCGUGCCAUGACCGGCAGGACGACGACCGCCACACCUCCGGCGCCGACGGCUUACCGUGAAGUAUGAAGCUCUGAUUAGAGCGUAGGUGAGAGAGGAGACAGCAUGGGUAAUUGUUGCGCGUGCACAAGAGCGGACUCAGAAGACCAGAGCAAGAACAGUGACAAGAAACCGAGGAAGAAGAAGUACAGAGGGCGAAGACCGAACCCGUAUGCAGAAGACUCGAUUCGGUCGCCGGCGCCGAUCCGAGUCCUGAAGGAUGUGAUCCCGUUGAGUCACCGGACGCGAAUCGGGGACAAGUACGUACUAGGUCGCGAACUCGGGCGGGGCGAGUUCGGCAUCACCUACCUUUGUACCGACAGGGAGAGCAGGGAAGCUUUGGCCUGCAAGUCGAUAUCGAAGAAGAAGCUGAGAACGGCGGUGGACAUCGAAGAUGUGAGGAGGGAAGUUGCAAUAAUGUCCAGUCUUCCAGAUCACCCGAACAUCGUGAGGCUCAGAGCUACUUACGAAGACAACGACAACGUGCAUCUUGUCAUGGAGCUUUGCGAGGGUGGAGAGCUCUUCGAUCGGAUUGUGGCGAGAGGGCAUUACAGCGAGCGAGCGGCGGCGAGUGUCGCGAGGACGAUAGCUGAAGUCGUGAGGAUGUGUCACGAGAACGGCGUGAUGCAUAGGGAUUUGAAGCCGGAGAAUUUUUUGUUUGCGAAUAAGCGCGAGCACUCGCCGUUGAAGGCUAUUGAUUUUGGGCUUUCAGUGUUCUUUAAACCCGGAGAACGGUUCUCGGAGAUUGUGGGGAGUCCUUAUUAUAUGGCGCCAGAGGUUUUGAAGCGGAACUAUGGGCCGGAAGUUGAUAUAUGGAGUGCAGGGGUGAUUCUCUACAUUUUGUUAUGUGGGGUGCCCCCAUUUUGGGCUGAGACCGAGCAAGGUGUUGCUCUGGCCAUUUUGCGUGGAGUGAUCGAUUUUAAGCGGGAACCAUGGCCUCAGAUUUCGGAUGGUGCAAAGAGUCUGGUUCGGCAGAUGUUGGAGCCAGAUCCCAGAAAGCGUUUGACGGCUCAACAGGUGCUAGAACAUUCCUGGCUACAAAAUGCAAAGAAAGCUCCAAAUGUCCCAUUAGGAGAUAUUGUGAGGGCAAGGCUCAAGCAGUUCUCUGCGAUGAAUAGAUUCAAAAAGAAGGCCAUGCGAGUAAUUGCCCAACACUUAUCUGUUGAAGAGGUAGAAGUGAUCAGAGAUAUGUUUACAUUGAUGGAUACUGACAAUGAUGGUAAAGUAACAUAUGAAGAACUGAAAGCUGGGCUUCGGAAAGUAGGGUCGCAAUUAGCUGAACCAGAGAUAAAGUUGCUGAUGGAAGUGGCUGAUGUUGAUGGGAAUGGAGUGCUGGACUAUGGAGAGUUCGUGGCAGUGACAAUUCACUUACAGAGGAUGGAAAAUGAUGAGCAUUUUCGUAGAGCUUUCGUGUUUUUUGACAAAGAUGGAAGUGGAUAUAUUGAAAUGGAGGAGCUGCAGGAAUCCUUGGCAGAUGAUACAGGUGAAACUGAUGCUGAAGUAUUGAACGACAUCAUGCGUGAAGUUGACACGGACAAGGAUGGGCGCAUUAGUUAUGAGGAAUUUGUUGCAAUGAUGAAAACUGGAACUGAUUGGAGGAAGGCAUCUCGGCAGUAUUCAAGGGAAAGGUUCAAGAGCUUGAGCCUUAACUUGAUGAAGGAUGGUUCCCUGCAACUUGAGGAUGGGAUUAGUGGUCAAACCGUUGUUGUAUGAGCUUAGGGAGUUCAUGAUCUUGCUUUCGUUGUGUCCUACUGUUUACCUGCUUUGAGAUGCCAAAAUGCAGCUGCUUCCAUCCACAACGCAUUUUGUAUGUGGAAAGCAUUGGUUUCAAAGAAUGGAAGUCUGGGUUCAAGAAUGGCCUUUGGAUAGUACGGGAAUAUUCUUGGAUUUCAUUAUUCCUGGUGAGACUUUAGUUGGCUUGGCUUUGGCUGCAUGAGGCAUUCGUUAUAGGACUGCAUAUUGCAUGCACUUGUUGGCUAUUGCUGCUAGGGAUUGAUGAAGUAGAUGUUCCAGUUGACAAAUUUGUGUCGCAUUUAUUUGUAUAUUGGUAAAAUGGUAUUGGUGUUUAAUGUUUUUCUCCGUUCUUGUGUUUUCCUUUGUGCAGCAAAAAAUACAGAGAAGUUUAUUAAUAAUGUAAACUUCAGGAAAGUUUAGAUA